AUGCAUCAGAAAAAGCGAAGAAAAUUCCACUUGGUGCAGGUGGGAUUUGAACCCACAACUGAUCAACGCCCCCCCACCCCCCCCCCCCCCCCCCCCCCCCCCCCCCCCCCCCCCCCCCCCCCCCCCCCCCCCCCCCCCCCCCCCCCCCCCCCCCACCCCCCCCCCCCCCCCCCCCCCCCCCCCCCCCCCCCCCCCCCCCCCCCCCCCCCCCCCCCCCCCCCCCCCCCCCCCCCCCCCCCCCCCCCCCCCCCCCCCCCCCACCCCCCCCCCCCCCCCCCCCCCCCCCCCCCCCCCCCCCCCCCCCCCCCCCCCCCCCCCCCCCCCCCCCCCCCCCCCCCCCCCCCCCCCCCCCCCCCCCCCCCCCCCCCCGCCCCCCCCCCCCCCCCCCCCCCCCCCCCCCCCCCCCCCCCCCCCCCCCCCCCCCCCCCCCCCCCCCCCCCCCCCCCCCCCCCCCCCCCCCCCCCCCCCCCCCCCCCCCACCCCCCCCCCCCCCCCCCCCCCCCCCCCCCCCCCCCCCCCCCCCCCCCCCCCCCCCCCCCCCCCCCCCCCGCCCCCGCCCCCCCCCCCCCCCCCCCCCCCCCCCCCCCCCCCCCCCCCCCCCCCCCCCCCCCCCCCCCCCCCCCCCCCCCCCCCCCCCCCCCCCCCCCCCCCCCCCCCCCCCCCCCCCCCCCCCCCCCCCCCCCCCCACCCCCCCCCCCCCCCCCCCCCCCCCCCCCCCCCCCCCCCCCCCCCCCCCCCCCCCCCCCCCCCCCCCCCCCCCCCCCCCCCCCCCCCCCCCCCCCCCCCCCCCCCCCCCCCGCCCCCCCCCCCCCCCCCCCCCCCCCCCCCCCCCCCCCCCCCCCCCCCCCCCCCCCCCCCCCCCCCCCCCCCCCCCCCCCCCCCCCCCCCCCCCCCCCCCCCCCCCCCCCCGCCCCCCCCCCCCCCCCCCCCCCCCCCCCCCCCCCCCCCCCCCCCCCCCCCCCCCCCCCCCCCCCCCCCCCCCCCCCCCCCCCCCCCCCCCCCCCCCCCCCCCCCCCCCCCCCCCCCCCCCCCCCCCCCCCCCCCCCCCCCCCCCCCCCCCCCCCCCCCCCCCCCCCCCCCCCCCCCCCCCCCCCCCCCCCCCCACCCCCCCCCCCCCCCCCCCCCCCCCCCCCCCCCCCCCCCCCCCCCCCCCCCCCCCCCCCCCCCCCCCCCCCCCCCCCACCCCCCCCCCCCCCCCCCCCCCCCCCCCCCCCCCCCCCCCCCCCCCCCCCCCCCCCCCCCCCCCCCCCCCCCCCCCCCCCCCCCCCCCCCCCCCCCCCCCCCCCCCCCCCACCCCCCCCCCCCCCCCCCCCCCCCCCCCCCCCCCCCCCCCCCCCCCCCCCCCCCCCCCCCCCCCCCCCCCCCCCCCCCCCCCCCCCCCCCCCCCCCCCCCCCCCCCCCCCCCCCCCCCCCCCCCCCCCCCCCCACCCCCCCCCCCCCCCCCCCCCCCCCCAACUCCCCCCUUUGUCACAUUUUGUCACACUUGGUCGGUGUAAUAUUUGA